AUGGCUUCUUCGAAUAGCAGCGUACCAACGCCAGUGCCGUUCCCUCAGCCCGAAGGCGUUCGCAACCCUAACGCAUCGAGUCCUACCGUAGAGUCACCCUCCACAACGACGCGCGAACGAACCUCGACCAACGCCUCGACCGUCUCGAACAGAAUUCGCACCGCAACUGGAAAGCUGAUGGACGUGAACCCUCCCCCUGGUAUGUGGGCAGCCACUGGAACUACGGCCGCCAAAGCACCCUCAUUAUCAGACAUCCGAAAAGGCUCUUUUGGUUCAGAGGGAUGGAAUGAAGAUACACAGCGGAAGAGAGCAAACUCACGAGCGAGCCAGAGCGAGCAGCGGUCGCGCGCUUCUACCAAUGCUGCGUCCCCGACAGAGCAAGCUGACCGUCCCUACUUUGGUGGUCAACGCAAGGUCUCGUCAAGCAAUGCGUUGAACACAGAGCCUUUUCCUGCUUUGGCUGAGGAGGACACACGACAAGUAGCCGCGUACGAUGGAUAUGACGAGCGCGCCAUCACCGGAAUAAUAUCGAAGCACAGUUCCGAGACUGGGACUGAACAUCUUGACCAUGACAGACCGCGAGAGCCAAAACGAACAUCUUCAGGACAUUACGCCAACGGCUAUGUACCACCUCCGAAACUGCCAUGGACGCAGUCGUUCAUGAUCGGUCUCAAAAGCUUUUGGAAGUGGUUUCUGACACCUGCCGGGUUCCUCAUUACACUAUACGGUCUGAACGUUGUCGCCUGGGGCGGUAUGCUGUUCCUCCUCCUUUGCAACGCCGCACCCGCCAUGUGCACACCCACCUGUGACGACAUAAAUUCCCCGCGCCGGAAGUGGGUCGAGUACGACUCGCAAAUCUUAAACGCACUCUUCUGCGUAACAGGAUUUGGUCUCGCACCUUGGCGGUUCCGCGAUCUAUACUUUUGGGCAUGCUGGAGAAUCGGCGGAUCGAAGCGCACAGAGAUGGGUAUCCGUCGCCUGGCUGGUAUACACCGAGGAUGGUUUCGGCUCCCAGGUUCAGAUCAGUUGCCUGACGAAGCAGAUGCAACCGUUGUCGAUCCCGAAGAUCCAGCCGUACCAAUACCCGUCAGUGCGAUCCCAGAUCCACCGCCCACGGCGAUUCGCGCCCCACCCACUAAGAGCUGGAAGAUGGAUUUCGUCAUCUGGAACAAUGUAUGGAACACUUUUUUCCAGAUUGUUCUGUGCUUCUAUAUGUGGCACUACAACCGAAUUGAGAGGCCAUCAUGGGCUACUGGCCUCUUCGUUGCGCUAGGCUGCAUAGUGGCAGGCGUUGCAGGCAUCAUGAUGUGGCACGAAGGCAAGAACGUUAAGAAAGUUGAAGGCGUGCCCAUGCGUAGGGAUUAUGGGGGCCAGCGAGACGAUACCGAAGCGCAGAACAUUCCACUUGUGACUACAGGUGUGGCGACGAAAUCCUGA